ACUAAAACCCCACAACCCCAGAUUUAUGAUCUAUAGUUACUUUAUUAGAGAAAGGAAACAUGUUUUAAUGAUCAUUGUUUUGUAUAAACAAUGUUACUUUCUAAAGCUUUACAAGCCCCUAUUGAUUUCCUUGUGGCAGGUGGAUCAUUUGGAGGAAACAGAGGAUUGAGACCUAUCCCACCAGAGAAGGGUAUUUUCCCUUUGGAUCACUUCCACGAAUGUGAUUCGGAGAAGAAAGAAUAUGUCGGCUGUCUUAAAGUUUCAGCUCACAAAUCUGAGCAAUGUAGACAUCUCUCAAAGAAAUAUCUCCACUGUCGAAUGGCCAAGAACCUGAUGGCAAAGCAGGAUAUGACUGAACUUGGAUUCAGUCAGCUUAAAGAACUUGAUUCCACUUGAGAUAAGAAUAAAGAGACUAUCGAACACUGAAGGUGCACGAAACUUUGAACCUCUUCUUCUGUAGAAGAAUAUUGUAUUUGAAUAUUUGAUAUUGAUUCACUUUGGGUCACAGCUUUAAGAUUUUAUGUUAGAAAGUUUAUUGUUUCUAAAACCAAACUAUUCUCAAACUAUAUAUG